UGGAGGGAGAGACUAGGCAGGUGUUAAGCUCAUACUGUGUGAGAGAGUGAACGAGAGAGAGGGAACCAGGGAGUGAGAGAGAUAGAGAGAGAAAAACAGUGAGGGCAUGGUAAAAAGGCUAAAGCGCUAACUGAAUAGAUAGAAGGCUGGAGGCAGACGACACAUAGUGGUGGUAGAGAGAGAGAGAGAGAGAGAUUGUUGUAAGACUAAGAAUUUCAAGAGAAGCAGACACAGAAUCCCAGAGAGAGAAAGAGACGUAAACACCAUGCUAAGGAGGAAGAGGAGUGUGUCCUUCGGAGGGUUUGGAUGGAUUGAUAAGAGUACGGUCAGUGCACUCAGAGCACGGAAGCAGGAGAGAGAGCUGCUGACCAUCUCUAAUGUUCCCCUGGCAGACUGCCCCCCCUCUCCUCCGCGCACCGCACCCCCCACCAUGAAGUCUGCCCAUUUCUUCGACAUGAUGGAGAAGAUGGAGCAGGUACCAGAGGUAGCAGAAAAAACAGUGGCUGGUCCUCAGAGACUGAAGGAUGACUACAUCCCAUACCCCAGGAUAGAGGAGGUGCUGGAGAGGGGUGGGCCGUACCCCCAGGUGAUCCUGCCAGAGUUUGGGGGAUACUGGAUUGAGGACCCUGACGCCCUCGUCCCCACACCUCCUUCUCGGUACCCCAGCCUGUGUGACAGGGGGGACGAUGGAGGGGGAGGAGAAGGGGAAGAGGGGGACGCUGCCCUAGUGGGUUAUGGGUACCGGCUGGAGAGUAACGACGCAGCACGCGCCUACAGGAAGCACUUCCUGGGCAAGGACCACCUGAAUUUUUACUGCACGGCCAGUUGUCAUGGCAACCUCAUUCUGUCUGUGAAACAUGAGGAAGUGAAGAGUCAGGAGUAUCUGCAUGUCAUCCUCAGGUCUAGGAUGAAAACAAUGUAUGAUAGGAUCUCUCUAGCAGAACUUCCUGAGCUGCCUAGUGUCCCUCAACUAGCCAAGCUGCUGUGUGAGGAUGCUGUUGGUCUCAGAUUCACUCCAGUUCUGUAUCCCAAGGCCUCCCAACUUAUAGUGAGCUAUGAUGAACAUGAGGUGAACACCACCUUCAAGUUUGGGGUCAUUUACCAGAGGUUUGGACAGGUUUCGGAGGAAGAGUUGUUUAGAAACAGUGAGGAGACACCAGCCUUCACUGAGUUCCUCAGUUUACUGGGAGAGACUGUAGACCUACAGGACUUUAAAGGGUUCCGUGGUGGUCUGGAUGUGUGUCAUGGUCAGACAGGCUCACAGUCGGUCUACACAGACUACAGAGAACAGGAGAUCAUGUUCCAUAUCUCUACCAAGCUGCCCUACACAGAGGGAGACAGGCAACAGCUGCAGAGGAAGCGACACAUAGGAAAUGACAUCGUAGGAGUGGUGUUCCAGGAAGAGGCCACACCCUUCGUAGCAGACAUGAUCGCCUCAAACUUCCUCCACGCCUUCAUACUGGUGCAGGUGGACAACCCCUGUACCCAACAAACCACCUACAAGGUGUCAGUCACGGCCCGAGAGGGUGUACCUUCAUUUGGCCCGCCCCUCCCCAGUCCUGCAGUGUUUAAAAAGGGUCCAGAGUUCAGAGAGUAUCUUCUCACUAAGUUGAUCAAUGCAGAGAAUGCCUGCUACAAGAGUGACAGAUUCGCCAGGCUGGAGGAGCGAACGCGGGCGGCCCUGCUCGAUGGUCUACAUGACGAGCUGCACAGACACACUCAGCGCAUGCUGGGAGUGGGCAUCGGCCCCGAGGAGGAGCGGGCGGAGAAUGGACAUGGCCACGGAGGACUGCUGGAGUCCAUCAAGAGGGCGAUGCGAGGAAGGAGUGUCUCCAUGGAGAUGAUGGCAAAGGGUGGAGGAGGUGGCCUGUCCACCAGUCUGAGUGGAGGGGUUCUGCCCCACAGCAGCUCUGAUGCAACUAAUGUUAAGUCUCCAGUGAAACGUCGCUCUGGUCUUUUCCCUCGUCUGCUCAGUAUAGACAGCCAGACAGAGAGACAUAACCACAAUCAUCGCAGUCUCCAUAGUGACCAGAGAAGCUUUGAUACUGGCCACCCCACGCAGGAAGUGAGGUCAGAGACCCUCUCUAACCCCAGCUCACCAGAGGCCUCCCUUAAGGAAAGGCCCAGCAGUGUAAAGUUGAAUGAGUGCAGUGCAAGCAGGACAAACGUCUCACACUCCUCAUCUAGUACAAGUAGCUUCAGCAGUGCAGCAGGAGAGGGAGAGGCCACCGACACUGACCCUAACACCCUGGCACCCUCAGUGUUCCUUUCUGUUCACAGCCCCUCCCUCACUGUUGAAGGUCAGAGUUCAGGGACCCCUGUCAUUAUGUGUCGCAGCCCCACUGAGUUAAAGAAUAAGAGUUCUCCUAGAUCCAACUUGAAGUUCCGUUUUGAUAAAUUGAGUCACUCUGCGACAGGACACUAGGUGACAGAUGUGGGAUGAGAGAGAGAUAAAACAGUUCAAAUGGGAUGGAGGUAUGAAGGGCAGUACAUUAGGGAUGGGUGGAGAGAAAUAACAAGAGAGAGAAGGCCCCUCCAACCUGAGGAAGAGGUUGAAAGAAGAGAAAUGGCUCAAGAUGGAUGAUUCGGUACAAACACUACAGUGGAAGUUUUAGGCCCAGGCAAAGCUGUGCUCUGCCUAGUGGAUAAUGUUCCUUUCAUAUUCAGCUGUCUGUGUGGUUGUUUCCUGAACACUGAUCAAAGUUCUAUGAGUUGCUCUAACAUGGGUCCUUGUCAGCAACUGCACUGCAUUCAAUACCACACAGAACUGUAAGCCAUAGAUUCAAUUCAACAUCACUAAGGCCAGGAGUUUUUCCUGACCAUGUGGUCUAACCAGGAAAAACUCUGGCCAUAGGCAUCACCAAUGGAGGCAAUAUUGAUGUCUAGACCGCCAUUCUUGGAAAGGGAAAAAAAAUCAUGGCUUGUCAUACAAAUGUUACAAUCUGAGGGUCCCUGGAAUUUCUACACUGAACAAAAAUAUAAAAGCAACAUGUAAAGUGUUGGUCCCAUGUUUCAUUAGCUGAAAUAAGAUCCCUGAACGACACGCACAAAAAUAUGAUUUCUCUAAAAUGUUGAGCUCAAAUGUGUUUACAUCCCUGUUACUGAGCAUUUCUCCUUUACCAAGAUAAUCC